UCCCACUUCACUAUCCGUAGUACUUUGACAGCCUGUUCAAAAAGCAAAGCGAGUCUGUCUUAAGUUCCGUGAUAGAACUAAAUACUUGUAAACAUGGCUUUUCAGUGUCAACGGGAUUGCUACAUGCAAGAGUUUGUUACCUCAGUGGUAUCCUGCUCACCUGGAGAACUGAAACAGGAAGUCAGUGGGAAAAAAGAAAUCAUCAAAGGCUUCAAUGUCAAACUCCAAGACACCAUACUGUUUCCAGAGGGAGGUGGUCAGCCAGAUGACCACGGGUUGAUAGGGGAUGUGCCAGUGUUGCGGGUGACCAGACAGGGAGCGGAGGCAGUGCACUUUGUGGGCUCUGCCCUGGAGGUGGGAAAGGAAGUGCUUCUGAAAGUGGAUUGGGAGCGGAGGUUUGACCACAUGCAGCAACACUCAGGCCAGCAUCUGGUCACAGCCAUGGCAGACUCCAUGUUUGGAUUCAAAACCACAUCCUGGGAGUUGGGUCGCCAGCGUAGCUCCAUAGAGCUGGACACUCCCUGUAUGAAGCCAGCCCAGGUGGAGGCCCUUGAGGCUGCAGUGAACGACAAGAUCCGUGCCCAGGUCCCCGUCACCGUGCAGCUGCUGUCCCUAGACGACCCUGCUGUGGAGCAGGUGAGGAGUCGUGGUCUCCCUGACGACCAUGCUGGACCUGUCAGGAUCAUUGACAUCCAGGGUGUUGAUGCCAACAUGUGCUGUGGCACCCAUGUGUCCAACCUCAGUCACCUGCAGGUUAUUAAACUGCUUGGGACGGAGAAAGGAAAAAAGAACAAAACAAACUUGAUUUUCCUGGCAGGAAACCGUGUUCUGAAGUAUGCUGAGAAAAGCUACAGCACAGAGCGCUCGCUUGUAUCGCUUCUAAAGACAGGACCCGAAGACCACGUGGAGGCAGUCGACAAGCUACAGAAGUCUGUCAAGAUGCUACAGAAAGGUAACUUGGGCUUGCUGCGGGACAUGGCUGUCCUCAUAGCCCAGAACUUCAAGAGCAACCCACAGAGAAGCAACUUCUUCACCCUACACAAGAAAGAGGGAGACAAUGAGUUUAUGAACAUCAUAGCCAAUGAAAUAGACACUGAGGAGACGUUGGUGUUCCUGACUGUUGGAGAGGAGAAAGGACCAGGGUUGUUUCUUCUGGCUGGACCCAAUGACAUGGUGACUGAGAUGGGAGCAAGGGUGCUGGAGAUGCUCCAGGGUAAAGGAGCAGGGAAGAACGGACGCUUCCAGGGCAAAGCCAACAGCCUGGCAGGGAGAGGGGAUGUGGAGGCCCUGCUACAGGAGCGUUGCAGACAGCACGCCGUAGGGGAGGAGUGACCUGUCGUGGAGGACCAGAGAGUGCACAACCACCUGUUCCGACCAAGAAAUUAAGAUUAGAUCAUUGGAAGGCUAAAAAGCUGCUGUGUCUAAUUUACCUUGGAUUUUAAAUGUUAAGAUUUUAAGGUUUUUGUGGUGACCACAAAAUGUAAUGUAGCAACAUGGAAAUGAUAUGUACAAAAAUUGAAAAGGGGAAAUAUUUGUUCUUGAUAUCAGGUGUGUAUAUUGUGUACGUACGGCUUCAGACUGUAAAAAUAAGACAAUUUCAUAA